AUGCCGGAUGCGGUUGCAGAGACAACUCCGUGCAUCCAAGCACAGGAUGCUUUGGUGACUGGGGACUUUCAGAGCGAGACCCAAACGUUUAUUCGCUCCGCCUGCACGGAGUGUAAACGGCGGAAACAAAAGUGUCUCCGGCAUUGGCCAUGCCAACAUUGCGGCACUAGACGAGUUGGAAACCAAUGUAUCUUUCGGACAGUCCUUGAUGUUCAGUCCGUCGAUGAACGCAAGGCUCAGAUAGAUGAUUUCGUAUCACGGAUGAAGGGAAAAUGCUGCUUUUCCCAUCCCCCCGAUGGAGAAGGAGUGGACGAUAAUGAUGACAGCACUGAGAAGGAUCUCGAGCAGUUUGGAUACGCCCCUACCAUGAAUUCGGAGUUACAAACUGCUCUCCAAGCCUUGCCGUCCAGACAGUGCCUUGAUGCUCUGGUGGACCACUUUUUAGCCGAUGUUAACUACCGCUACUAUAUCAUUCAUCCUGCGAAGUUUAGACAAGAGUACAACCAAUGGUGGACUGAUAGAGACAAUGGAAAGCCCCUCGGACUUCAGUGGACCUCCCUUCUUCUAAUGGUCUGUGCCUGUUCAGCUCAGCACCCCAGCGAUGCAGUUCGACAAGUCCUCCGGGCAGACAAGGCCCCACCGGCUCUUGAACUGUCAAAUAGGCUUCAUGGUGCAGCCUGUGAGCUUCACAGAGUCAUUCCUCCAGACGCUUUGAAUCUAUAUACAGUUCAGCAAUUGCUUCAUUCAUUCUUCUGGCUCAAAUCCAGGUCUUGCUACACCGACUGCUGGUAUACUUUGAAGAAAGCAUUUGUGGUAUUCUGUGGACUAAACGAACUGACCUUCGCCGCUGGCAUUGAGAAACAGAAUCGUUCUGACAGAUUUUCAGCUACCAUUUUCAAUGAGGACCCCAACUAUGUCAAGGAAAUGGGCAAACGGGCUUGGGUUGUCAUGACCAGCUGGAACUGGUAA